UUGAAACACUCUCGCUUUCAAAAAUAUAGUUUCUGCGUGCGAUAGCAAAAAUAUUCGCAUUCAAAUCAGAUGUUCGCGGUAUGAUCUCGUGACAUUUAGUUGACGAAAUUAAGCAAAGUGUUUACCCCAACAUGAUGUUAAGUGUGAUAAUCCUCUGCAUAAUUCUCCAAACGAUACCGAUUACUUCGCCGAUUCUGAUCGAAGAAAAUGGCAAAGAUCUACCGAACAAUUUUCAAGGAAAUGACGAAUAUCUCAGACGCCGAAAACGACCAAACUACCAGUCGAAUCCGAUACCAUCAGGCUGCCAUGGCAACGGGAGAACUUUCUUCAACAUCGACUUCAAUUACCAGGUCAACGUCAACUGCGACCUAGCCAAUCAUGGAGGCAAUUUCCAGGCUGAUGAUCAGAAACCGUUGUUAAAUAACAGGCCUUCUAUAGGCAGUCACAAACCCAAUUUUGGCAGUCACCACAAUAAGCCCAGUUUUGGGGGACAUAAGCCUGGCUUUGGUGGACACAAACCUGGUUUUGGUGGACACAAGCCAUUCGGUGGACACAAACCUGUUUUCGGGAGUCAUCAAUCAGGCUACGAUGAAGAUGAGUCAUCGUCAUCCGGAGGUAAUAAGCCAUUUGGUGGAAACAGACCCAUCAUCAAUGGAUUCCUUAGCAGUAGUGCAGUUUCAAGUUUUACUAGCCUGUUUCCAACUCCUGAAGAAAUAGGAAACGGUUUUGGGAACGGAUUAUCCUCGUUCCUUCAAACUGUGCCGCAAAUAGGCCAAAGUUUCCAAUCGCUCUUGCCAAACUUCGACGGUUUCGCAGCGUCGUUUGCUUCGUCACCAGGAAAUCAAGGUGGAGUUUCUAGUGGACCGAUUUCCAGUGGACCAAUUUCAAGUGGACCGAUCUCAGGUGGAUCUGGUGUCAGCCCAGUCGACCCAGUUGACCCAGUGGACCCAGUCGAUCCUGACGACAUAAUUUACAGUGACGAGACCAAACCAGUCAAUGAAAUUCAGGAUUCGCGUACAAAUCCAUAUAGGAGAAAAUCUCAGUCAGCGUACAGACCUCCUUCAAGAUUUUUGUCGGCCCUAUUUGACUGGUGAAAUCUUGUUAUAUAUUAGUUCAUACUUUGCCAAUUUUGCCAUAAAUCAAUAAUAGAACUGGA